AUGACCGCACUGCAAAUUGCCUCGGCCGAAGGACAUCGCAAUGUUGUCAAACUCCUCUUGAAGGCUCGGGCAGAUGUCAAUACUUCAAGCUCCCUGCAUAGGACAGCUCUGCUCGCAGCAGCCUCGAGAGGUCAAGUCGAGGUCGCACGAAUCCUGAUCCAGUACGGUGCUGAUGUGAAUGCCAAAGGUGGUCAAUAUGGAAACCCUCUUCAAACAGCUGCCGUGGUGUGCAAGACAGAAAUGGCAAGGAUAUUGCUCGAUGCCGGCGCGAGUGUCCACGCCCGAGGCAAAGCAUUGUUCGUCUGCUUGUGGACAGGGGGAGCCGACAUCAAUGCUCCGGGCGAGAUACUCGGCACGGCGCUAGAGGCUGCCAAGGGCACUUCAAGGUUUGACGUUUUUGAUCUCCUCUUGUCCUAUGGAGCACCUGCGCCAGACUUGAAAGUCUCUAAUCCCAAAGUGCAAGUUGUCCAAAUGCUGUCAGAAGGCGUGAGUGGCGAUACUCAAAGGGAUGAGAAUGUCGGCGUGGACGAGGCCCUUGAAAAUCCAAUCACCUUCGCUGGUCCCCAAACCAGUGAGGAAAGCUUGCGUUUGGACGGGAGUCAGGACACAGCAUCGAUCGAUACAUCUAGACCGAACGUCGCCAACAAUACUUCAGGACCCCCAGACGGCCGACCGCCUCCUUCACUUUCUAUACCGGGCAAGCAUCACGAUGAUGCUAGGUCCGCAUGGCCUACGCCAUCUUCAUCAUCUUUAGACUUGUCCAAUUGGCCUCUACCUGCUCCACCUCCUCUCCUCCUAAAUGGCUUGCCAGUACUCACAAACAAGUCAUCAAAGACGAGUUCUCGUUUUCGAGAUGAAUCAUUCAAGCUCUCUCAUAGAGAUUAUACUGUCGCUUGCAUAUGCCCAAUGGCCAUUGAAUUGGCUCCUGUGGAUCCCACACUUCCGACAAUCGGGGCUCGGAACGCUUACACAAUGUGA